CGUCACCUAAAUAACUCGCCAUGUCCGAGUCGCCUCGGCUCCUCUUCAAUUACAGCAGGCUUCCUCCUUAAUUCUUCCUUGCUGUGCUUGAUUUAUUCGUUGUGAUUGAAUAUGUCGGACCUUCUCGUCAACAGCCAGCACGGCCAUCUCACGGCUUCGCAGCGUGUCCCCGCCAUCGCGCGGCCCUUUGUCAGCGAGCGCGCGGCGAGGACUCUGGACCUCGUCGAGAAGUUCGUUGAAGAAGAAUGUAUCCCCGCCGACGCCGUCUACCUGCGCCAGAUUGGCGAGACUAUACAACAGCGCUUCAACUCGCAUCCCCAGGUCAUCGAGGACCUGAAGGCCAAGGCGAAGAAGCUGGGCUUAUGGAACAUGUUCUUACCGAAGAACCAUUUCAAGGAGGGAGCUGGCUUUUCCAACUUGGAGUAUGGGCUUAUGGCGGAGUAUCUGGGCAAGAGCAGGGUUGCGUCCGAGGCUACCAACUGCGCUGCCCCGGAUACUGGCAACAUGGAGGUCAUCGCCAAGUACGGCAGUGAGCAACAGAAGAGGCGAUGGCUAGACCCGCUCCUGGACGGCAAGAUUCGCUCUGCUUUCUUGAUGACAGAGCCCCAGGUUGCGUCGAGUGACGCCACCAACAUCGAGAUGAGCAUCAAGCGGGAUGGAGAUUCAUACAUCCUCAAUGGCCAGAAAUGGUGGUCCUCAGGUGCCGGGGAUCCCCGCUGUGAAAUCUACAUCGUGCUCGGCAAGACGGACCCCAACAACCCAGUGAAGUACAAGCAACAGUCGGUGAUCCUGGUUCCGCACAAUACCCCCGGCAUAACUAUCCACCGCAUGCUUUCCGUCUUUGGGUACGACGAUGCGCCGCAUGGUCACGGCCACAUUACCUUCAACAACGUACGCGUUCCUGCCACCAACAUGGUGCUCGGCGAGGGCCGCGGCUUCGAGAUCAUCCAGGGGCGUCUGGGGCCGGGCCGCAUCCACCAUGCUAUGAGGAGUAUCGGCGCUGCCGAGAAGGCGCUUGAGUGGUUCCUAGCGAGGAUUAACGAUGAGAGGAAGAAGCCCUUUGGCGAGAUGCUGAACAAGCACGGCAUCAUGCUCGAGCGCGUCGCCCGCUCACGCAUCGAGAUCGACGCCGCGCGUCUCGCUGUCCUCAACGCCGCGAUCAAGAUCGACGAGUCGGACGCCAAGGGCGCGCUCAAGGAGAUCGCCGAGGUCAAGGUGCUUGUACCGGAGGUUAAUCUCACAGUUAUCGACCGCGCCAUCCAGGCAUAUGGCGGUGCGGGCGUGAGCCAGGAUACCCCGCUUGCAAGCAUGUAUAGCAAUGGGCGGACGAUGCGCAUUGUGGAUGGGCCGGAUGAGGUGCAUUUGCUACAGCUAGGGCGCAAUGAGAACAAGAGGGGCCCGGCGCACAAGAAGAGGCUCGAGGCGCAGAGAGCUAAGGGGCUGGAUUUGUGCAGGCAGUAUGGGAUCGAGCCGAAGGAUCCGUUGUAUCUGGGGAAGUCGGUAGGUGGGACGAGUAAGCUGUAGAUGGCCUGGGGAAAGUUGGGUCACGGCAGAUAAAAUGUACGCCAUGCAGGCAUUAUCUAGGGUGAAUAUCGAGCUGUUGCCAGGCUUGACUACAUCUCGAAAGAUUGUAGUCUCCUCACCUAUACUAUGCUGUUCUGU